AGGGUAUUAUCUCUCUUCGUGAUUCGCGCCCAACAUUUUUUUUUGAUAACUCUACUCCUAUCCAUAUUGUUGAACUACACUAGCUGAACUAGGUAGACUUCCCAUCCAGUACUAUAGUUCAGCCUCAAUUUUUCUAGCUCGAAUAUUAUGUCUUAGUCUAUUUUCUUGCUUACUUGCCGGUUGUCGCUCCAACUAAUUUUUUCAAUAUCAUUUCUUUCUUUCUUUUUUUAACUUUCUCUUUAGCAACUAUGGCUAGCAAGCAAAAGGGGCCACCGGGGUUUACGCCUAUCUCCGACCGGAUCUUCAUCCGCAAUGAAGAUCCAGCCGAUGCCGCAAGGGAGACACCCAACGACCACCCUACAACGAUCAUUAUCUACGGAUGGGGUGACGGGCAGCCCAAAAAUGUUGCCAAGUACGUUGAAGGCUAUAGAAAACUGUUUCCGGGAGCUCGCAUCUUGAUGGUGAUCUCGUCCACUUUGGCAGCUACGUACCAGUCGCUCCAUCAACGAACCAAGGCUAUGAUGCCCAUCGUUGACACCGUGUUCCCCACUCCUGACGACGAUUCGUUAAGAGUAAUCUUACAUAUAAUGUCUAAUACCGGCGGCAUCUACGCCGCCGCUACGCUGAACGCUUACCAGGAGCGUCACGGGAAAGACAAGGCUCUCCCUCACCAUCUAUGUAUAAACGACUCCACGCCCGGCAGUCUUGACUUUUCCAGAGAAGUAGGUCGAUGGUCCAAGGCGAUGGCAGUGGGAACAGCGAAGUGGUUUCCAUGGCCGUUUGCAGUGACGCAGCGCAUAUGGUGGACAUUCCUAUACGCCAUGUCCCUCCUGGAAAAGGCCAUAGGGAGGGAACCUUCCGGGAUCUAUAGCUGCAGGGUAUUCUUAGAUCACUCGACAGCAACGCCUAAAGCUCCUCGAGCUUACCUAUAUUCCAAAACGGACGAUAUCAUAUGGUGGGAGGACGUCGAAGCCCAGGCGGAGGUCGCGAAAAGUAAGGGCUACAAGACGAUGUUGGAGAUGUUCGAUGACUCGCCACAUGUGGGCCAUAUGAGACUGCAUCCUUCGCGUUAUUGGUCUACGAUAGAAAAUCAUUGGAAGUCGGUUAUGAAUGGCAUUAGAGUAGAAGUCGAGAAUCUCAUAGAGCCAAAAUUGUAAUGUCAUAAAUUAGUCUCUCAGUCGCAUGGCAAUAUAAGAGGUAGGUUACCUAGGUAGCU